AUGCUCCGCAAGGUGGGAAGCUGGGUAGAAAUCUGCUGGGGGGCCACCCUUUUGUUCCUCAUUUGCCACCUGGGUUACGUUUGUGGGCAGAUCCGCUACCCGGUCCCAGAGGAGUCACAAGAAGGGACUUUUGUAGGGAAUGUCGCCCAAGAUUUCUUGCUGGAUACAGAGACUCUGUCAGCUCGUAGGCUGCAGGUUGCUGGAGAGGUGAACCAAAGACACUUCCGUGUGGAUUUGGACAGUGGAGCCCUGCUCAUCAAGAAUCCAAUUGAUCGAGAGGCACUGUGUGGACUCAGUGCCAGCUGCAUCGUGCCCCUGGAGUUUGUAACUGAAGGGCCUUUGGAAAUGUACCGAGCGGAGGUAGAGAUUGUGGAUGUGAAUGAUCACGCCCCCCGAUUUCCUCGGCAGCAGCUAGACUUGGAAAUUGGGGAGGCAGCUCCUCCAGGACAGCGUUUCCCCUUGGAAAAGGCUCAGGAUGCAGAUGUGGGGAGCAAUUCUAUCAGCAGCUAUAGACUAAGCUCCAAUGAACACUUUGCACUGGAUGUCAAGAAGCGCAGCGACGGCAGCCUGGUCCCAGAGCUGCUCCUGGAAAAGCCUUUGGAUCGAGAGAAGCAAUCAGACUACCGCCUGGUGCUGACUGCUGUGGAUGGAGGGAACCCCCCGAGAUCUGGCACUGCAGAGCUCCGGGUAUCAGUGCUGGACGUGAAUGACAACGCCCCAGCCUUCCAGCAAUCCAGCUACAGGAUUAGUGUGUUGGAGAGUGCUCCUGCCGGCAUGCUGCUCAUCCAGCUCAAUGCCUCUGACCCAGACCUGGGUCCCAGUGGUAACGUCACCUUUUCUUUCAGUGGUCACACCCCUGAUCGUGUGAGAAACCUCUUUAGCCUUCACCCUACUACUGGAAAGCUUACCCUUCAGGGGCCCCUAGACUUUGAGAGUGAGAAUUACUAUGAAUUUGAUAUUCGGGCUCGCGAUGGGGGUUCUCCAGCCAUGGAGCAACAUUGCAGCCUUCGGGUGGAUCUCCUAGAUGUAAAUGACAAUGCCCCCCACAUCACAGUGACCUCAGAGCUUGGGACUCUUCCAGAGAGCGCAGAACCUGGCACUGUAGUGGCACUCAUCAGUGUGCAGGACCCUGACUCAGGGUCAAAUGGAGACGUGAGCCUCCGUAUUCCUGACCACUUGCCAUUUGCCCUCAAGUCUGCCUUCAGGAACCAGUUCUCCUUGGUGACUUCUGGGCCCUUGGACCGAGAGGCCAAAUCCAGCUAUGACAUCAUGGUCACUGCUUCCGAUGCUGGGAAUCCUCCCCUGAGUACCCAGAGGAGUAUUUUCCUCAAUAUUUCAGAUGUGAAUGAUAACCCACCCUCUUUCUUCCAGAGGUCACAUGAGGUGUUUGUUCCUGAGAACAAUCGCCCAGGGGACCUGCUUUGUUCCCUUGCAGCCUCUGAUCCAGACUCUGGCUUGAAUGCACUCAUCUCCUACUCUCUCCUGGAGCCCAGAAAUCGAGAUGUGUCAGCUUCUUCUUUCAUCUCUCUGAACCCCCAAACAGGAGCUGUUCAUGCUACUCGAUCCUUUGACUAUGAACAAACACAGACAUUGCAAUUUGAGGUGCAGGCCCGGGAUCGGGGCAACCCACCUCUUAGUAGCACUGUGACGGUUCGUCUGUUUGUGCUGGACCUCAAUGACAAUGCCCCAGCUGUGCUGCGUCCUAGGGCCCGGCCUGGUUCUUUAUGUCCGCAAGCUCUGCCUCCAUCAGUUGGUGCUGGCCAUCUAGUCACAAAGGUGACUGCUGUGGACUUGGAUUCAGGUUACAAUGCUUGGGUUUCCUAUCAGCUCCUGGAGGCCCCAGACCCCAGCCUGUUUGCUGUCUCUCGCUAUGCUGGGGAGGUUCGGACGGCAGUUCCAAUCCCAGCUGAUCUCCCACCACAGAAGCUGGUCAUUGUAGUAAAGGAUAGUGGUAGUCCACCACUCUCUACCUCUGUUACUCUACUGGUGUCCUUGGAGGAAGAUACUCAUCCAGUUGUCCCUGAUCUUCGAGAAUCUUCAGCUCCAAGGGAAGGAGAAUCCCGCCUGACCCUCUAUUUGGCUGUAUCACUAGUGGCAAUUUGCUUUGUCUCCUUUGGCUCAUUCGUUGCACUACUGUCUAAGUGUUUGCGUGGGGCUGCCUGUGGAGUGACCUGCUUUCCUGCUGGCACCUGUGCCUGUCUCACCCGAUCUCGAAGGAGGGAGGGGCUUCCUCCUUCCAAUGGGAUCCUGCGAAUCCAGCUAGGGUCAGAUGAUCCUAUCAAGUUUGUUGAUGUGGGCGGCCACUCUCAUGGCUGUACACCCUUGGCUUCUGCACCCACUCGGAGCGAUAGCUUCAUGAUGGUGAAGUCACCCAGUGCACCUAUGGCAGGGGAGCCUGUUCGCCCAAGCUGCCCACCCUCUGAUCUUCUGUAUGGGCUAGAGGUGAGACCUUUGCAGGCUCAGCCAGUGCUUGAGAGUUACUCUGAUCCAAGCAUAUGGCUGGGUCAUGUCCCUGGGACUGUUGGUCUCUCUGCAAGAGCCCAUAGUGAGUGGUAA